AUGAUGUUCAAUCGUAUAAGGGUACUUUGUGAGAAAGACAGGUCUACAAAGGAGGCUCCAGGUGCAGGAAAUCUUGAAAGAAGAAUUCUAGAAGUUAACAGAAAAAGGGUCAAAGUUGUUAAACCUGGUUCUAAGACUUCAAUUCCCAAUACUGAAAUUCGUGGAACCUAUGCCCCUCCUUUUCAUGUUGAGCUAUACCGGAACGACCCGCACCGAUUCAAGAUUGUAGUAGACAGCGACAAUGAAAUGGAUUUGAUGGUGCAAACUAAACACUCGUGUGAUAUCAUCGUCCUUGUGAUAAGAGGCUUCGCCCAGCGAUUCAACAGCUUGUGA